AUGCGUGGCUGCACGCGGCUGGCGCUGCUCUGCGCGCUGCCCUGGCUUCUGCCGUUGGUGGCACCCGGGCGCCCCGCGCCACCCGCAGCGCUGCGCCGCGACCCCCGCAACCCCGCCAGGGGCGCAGAGUUCGAUCGCAUCUACAGCGGGGUGGUGAGCCUCCCCACCGAGAACAUCUACUCCUUCAACUACACCAGCCAGCCCGGCCAGGUGACUGCCGUGCGGGUGUACGUGAACAGCUCCUCCGAAAACCUUGACUACCCGGUCCUGGUUGUGGUUCGCCAGCAGAAAGAGGUGCUGUCCUGGCAGGUUCCUCUGCUCUUCCAAGGACUAUACCAGAGGAGCUACAACUACCAGGAAGUGAGCCGUACCCUUUGCCCCUCCGAAGCAACCAAUGAAACAGGACCUCUGGAGCAACUGAUAUUUGUAGACGUCGCAUCCAUGGCGCCCCUGGGUGCCCAGUACAAGCUGCUGGUUACCAAGCUCAAGCACUUCCAGCUGCAGACAAAUGUUGCCUUUCACUUCACUGCCAGCCCCUCUCAACCUCAGUAUUUCCUAUACAAAUUUCCUGAAGACGUAGACUCAGUUAUCAUUAAAGUCGUGUCUACAUUGGCUUAUCCAUGUUCUGUUGUCUCAGUCCAAAAUAUCAUGUGCCCAGUAUACGAUCUUGACCACAAUGUGGAAUUUAAUGGUGUCUACCAGUCCAUGACUAAGAAAGCUGCCAUCACACUACAGAAGAAGGAUUUUCCAGGUGAGCAGUUCUUUGUGGUGUUUGUGAUAAAGCCUGAAGAUUAUGCCUGUGGAGGAUCUUUCUUCAUCCAGGAAAAGGAAAACCAGACUUGGAAUCUACAACGUGCAAAGAAUCUUCAAGUGACCAUUGUUCCUUCCAUUAAAGGAUCCGUUUAUGUGAAAUCCAUUCUUCUCAGUUUCCUCAUCUUCUUCUCCUUCUACUUGGGAUGCCUGUUUGUUGCAUUCAUUCAUUAUAUCAGGUUUCGGAGAAAAUCCACCGAUGGAAGCUUUGGUUCCAAUGAUGGCUCUGGAAAUAUGUCGGUGUCAAAUCCCAUUGCUGCCAGUACCCCUGAAGGGAGCAAUUACGGGGCAAUAGAUGAGUCAAGCUCCAGUCCUGGCAGGCAAAUGUCCUCCUCUGAUGGUAGACAGCCGUGCCAGUCAGACACUGACAGCUCCGUGGAGGAAAGUGACUUUGACACCAUGCCAGACAUUGAGAGCGAUAAGAACAUCAUCCGCACCAAGAUGUUCCUUUACCUGUCAGAUCUGUCCAGGAAGGACCGAAGAAUUGUCAGCAAAAAGUAUAAGAUUUAUUUUUGGAACAUCAUUACCAUUGCUGUGUUUUAUGCACUGCCUGUGAUCCAGCUGGUUAUCACCUACCAAACAGUUGUCAACGUCACUGGCAACCAGGAUAUCUGCUACUACAACUUCCUCUGUGCUCACCCCUUGGGUGUCUUGAGUGCCUUCAACAACAUUCUCAGUAACCUGGGCCACGUGCUCCUGGGCUGCCUCUUCCUGCUGAUAGUCUUGCACCGGGACAUUCUCCAUCGAAGAGCUCUGGAAGCCAAGGACAUCUUUGCCACGGAAUACGGGAUUCCCAAACACUUCGGUCUCUUCUAUGCCAUGGGCAUUGCACUGAUGAUGGAAGGGGUGCUCAGUGCUUGUUACCACGUCUGCCCCAAUUACUCCAACUUCCAGUUCGACACCUCCUUCAUGUACAUGAUCGCCGGCCUCUGCAUGCUGAAGCUCUACCAGACCCGCCACCCGGACAUCAACGCCAGCGCCUACGCCGCCUACGCCUCCUUUGCCCUGGUCAUCACACUCACCGUCCUCGGAGUGGUGUUCGGGAAAAAUGGCAUGUGGUUCUGGCUCAUCUUCUCUGCAAUCCAUAUUCUGGCGUCUCUGGCCCUCAGCACCCAGAUCUACUACAUGGGUCGUUUCAAGAUAGAUGUGUCUGACACAGAUUGGAAAAUGUUCCGGCGGGCCGCUGUGGUGUUCUACACCGACUGCAUCCAGCAGCGCAGCCGGCCUCUGUAUAUGGACAGGAUGGUAUUACUCAUCGUGGGGAACCUGGUUAACUGGUCCUUCGCCCUCUUUGGACUCAUCUACCGACCCAGGGACUUCGCUUCCUACAUGCUGGGCAUCUUCAUCGGCAACCUGCUGCUUUACCUGGCCUUUUACAUCAUCAUGAAGCUUCGCAGCUCCGAGAAGAUCCUCCUGAUCCCGUUUUUCUGCAUUGUCGCCACCGCUGUAGUGUGGGCUGCCGCCCUGUAUUUUUUCUUCCAGAAUCUCAGCAGCUGGGAGGGAACGCCAGCCGAGUCCCGGGAGAAGAACCGAGAGUGCAUCCUGCUGGAUUUCUUUGACGACCAUGACAUCUGGCACUUCCUCUCCGCUACUGCCCUGUUUUUCUCAUUCUUGGUUUUGUUAACCCUAGAUGACGACCUGGAUUUGGUUCGGAGAGACCAGAUUCCUGUCUUCUAA